UUUGUUCUGCGGGUUUUAUGGCUUAAUCAAAGCCGAUCAUUUGACGUUUUUGUGCAAUGGGGAAAAUGAUAAAACUGGGUGUCCACUAGAUGGCGCCAUUGGACUCAGCGACCCGCCUCUACGCAGGUAACCCGGUGGCACCGCCUCUGCUGUCGGUCCAGCCAACUUGGACAGCAUGCGAUUUCAGAGUCGCACCGCAGAAACUUUGAAUCGUUUUCUGGAUUUAAGUCUGAGUCGCACAGAAACCGUCUCUAUCGCGGUUUAAUUCCGUUUCUGUAACUUGAAAUGUGUACUCUUGCGAUACCUGUCUGCAUAUGUGUGAAGAAGGAACCCUGACUUCCAAGAAGCUCCACGUUCUCUAGAUAAAUUAGGAUAUUUUCUAAAAUGAGUUCGCUGUUAAGGUACUGCGUUUUUCUAUGUUUGUGCGGAUCAGGACUCGGAGAGCUGGACACAUGCAGCGAGGUGCAUAAAGUUUUUCAAGUCAGGCAAAUUGGACCAAAUCAGGUUCUACCUUCAAGUCCCAGAUCAGGUGCCGAUCUCCAGGUGUGCACGUCCAAAAGCUCGACGUGCUGCACCAAAAAGAUGGAGGAGAAGUACCAGGUGGCGGCCCGGCGGGACGUCCAAAACCUCCUGCAGAUCUACAGCUCCAGACUCAAGCUGCUGCUGUCGCGCUACGUGGCCGCCUUUCAAGAGACCUUCGAGGUUCUGAUGAGGCAGGCGGAGAAUCACACCAACGUCGUCCUCCAGGUGUCUUAUCAGAAAAUAGCUGAUCCUGCUGCCGACUCGGUGAGGGAACUCUUCACCGACGUCGGUCUCUUCCUGCUGGGUUCUGAGCUCAACGUUGAUGAGUUUGUGCAGCGCUUCUUCGACGCACUCCUCCCGCUUGUCUACAAUCACUACAUAAGCCCAGGUGUCGGUGACACGUCGCCAGGCUAUGCCGAGUGUGUGAGGUCACUCAACCGCGUUAUCAAACCAUUUGGUACAGUGCCGGACCUCUUCGCCGAUCAGAUCGCUGCCUCUGGGGUCUCUGGGAAGCUGCUGCUGCAGGCUCUGCACCUCGGCAUCGAGGUCAUUAACACCACGGACCAUUUGCAGCUGAGCCGUGAAUGCAGGCGGGCCCUGCUCAAGAUGCAGUACUGUCCCCAUUGUCAGGGCAUUACCCAUUCCAAGCCCUGCAUGGGCUACUGCCUCAACGUAAUGCGGGGGUGUCUGGCGAGCAUGGCAGAGAUCGACGCCCACUGGAGGGAGUUUGUUCGCUCGCUGGAGGGCCUGUCAGCGAGGAUGCAUGGAGCUCAGGAUUUGGAGCAAGUGCUUCUGGGAGCUCACACGAUGCUUCACGAUGCUAUCGGGCACGCUCAGAAAAAUGGACCUCGCCUCUCGGCACAGGUUCAGAAACUGUGCAGCACAUCAAUCAGGAGGCCAGCUCAGUCGGUCAGCAUCCAGGACGCGAACAGCAGAGUCUCCAUCCCGCUCAAAGCUCUGAACAGGCGGUCGGACGAUUCACUUUCUGUCAUGAGAAAGGACUUUCUGAAGACUCUGCGUACCUUCAGCACGUUCUACGGUGGCCUGGCAGAUCAGCUGUGUUUGCAGGGACUUUCUUCUGGUGACGGCGUGCCAUGCUGGAAUGGAACAAACAUUGUGAAAAGCUACACUCGGCGUGUUGUUGGGAAUGGAAUCAGAGCUCAGAGUGCCAACCCCGAGGUCAAAGUAAAAGGAGAAGACCCUGUAAUAAACCAGAUCAUCGACAAAUUAAAACACAUCAACCAGUUAUUGCAAGGAAAGACCAUCCCUAAGCUGGGGUCACUGGACCAGAUUGAAACAGGAAGUGGAGAUUCAGAAGGACAUUACAGCGGUGACUGUGAUGAUGAGGAUGGAUGUGCCGGGUCAGGGGGCGGCGAGGUUAACAGAAAAGUCUCCAAAAUGAGUCCAGAUGUGACCAGUGAUUACAAACAUCAUCAUUAUCAUCAUCCACCUGCCAAGGACUCAGAAAUAGAUGGCAAAUCUCACAGCCUCAGACUGACUGGAGCCAUCUGGGUCCUAGUAUUGCCUUGCUUACAUAUGAUCUUGGACUUGUAACAGCUGCGUUUUUGCUCCAUUAAACAUUAAAUUUAGAUGUUAAGCUUAUUUACCCCAAGAUGGGGAAGCCAGUGGACGUCAUUAUGACAAUAUAAUAAUGACUUGGACAGAACUGGGCAGAGUGUGAAACUGCACAUUCUGGCUUGAAAGUACCAGUUAUUUUUGAUAAGGUAAUAGGCAAAUAAUGACUUAUUUAUAAUAAGAAAGAUAAGACAAUAGCAAUGCUGUAAAUGUUUGGUCUGAAAUGAACUGUAUUACUGUACAUUUAGUAAAUACUCUGUAAAUAUCUAUGCACCAUUGUACUUCUGCAAAGUGCAGUACUUCUCAGUACAGUACAGAUUGUUUUGUUUUGUUUUUUUUAAUCUGUUUCUCCUGCAGUUGCAAUAUUUGUAUAUGGUGAAAUUGACUUUUUAUAAAAAGGCUGUUAUAACAAUUAAUCUGUAUUAAAACUGGCACUUUUUUAUGCAAGUGCAUAAAAACACACUAAACUAUGAGGUAUGUAUGAAAUACCAUUUUUUUCCCCUUUUAUACUGUUGAAAAUCAAAAUUAAGUUAUGCUUUAUGACUUAAGCAACUGCGCAGUAAUACAACUGCAAGGGUGAAAACUGCUGAAGAGUGGACAGGUGGAGACGGGGUGCAUGUGGGAGAAUUCAUACCCCUUUCUUCUUUAGAAAUAGAUUAGUUUCCUCAGGAGUCUAUUAUCAUCUUUCAAACUCAAUCCAACGGUGUCUUCAUGGGCCUGGAUGGGGGCUGAUAGCUCCAGGAGCCAGGAGUGAGGAAAAAUUUGAUUGCUUCAACUUGCUUCCCGACUGCAUAAUACUGCUGUGUUGCUAACAGAUUUCUGUGCCGAUAAAUGUAACAGAAGACUUGUUCCAUGUUUUCCAUGCAUGUCUGGUCAAUGACUAGGAGAGAAAAGCCCUUGAUGGGAGUAAAAAAAAAAAGUGUAUUUUUAUUGGUUCAGAAGUGAGCACUGUAAAAAAAAAAUUAGAAGCUUUAUUUUUACUUAUAUACAAAAAUAUAUUUGGAGAAGCAUGUCGCACAUUUAAGGCCUUUUUGUCCGCCAAAUUUUGUUUAUAUAUCUAUUGUUUUUUCAUGACAUUUUAAGAAAAUGUACAAAAUACAGACGAUAUGCUAAUUAUUCCCUCUCCAAUGAUUCUCUUUUGGUUAGAUUCAGAUGUGGCUUCAGUCAAAUGUUUCUUUCUGUGUAUUUUCCAUUGGACACUGUCUGAGUCUGUUGUCAGAAUUUGCUUCGCUGUUGGACUGCUACAGAUAUUUCAGCUUUAAUCCGAGUAUCAUCGUUCCAACGGGACAGUAACACAUGAUGGAUAUUUUUAAAAGCCCAAAGAAGACAAAGAUUCCAGAUGAGUUGAAGAUGAGAAGUCGGCCAUGUAGAACAGGACCAAAACAAAUAGUAACAAGUCUUAGUGAAAUGAUGUUUGUCUCAACAGGACAUGAGUAAAGGAUUGCACUUCA